AUGGCAUCUAUCCAGCAAACCGCAUCGGCUCUCUCCCUCCGGUCUAAUCUGCUCUCCCCCUCCCUUCGCCUCCUGAAGAACCCUUUCAUUCUCAAGCUCUCUACCCCGCGCCGUAAUUUCAGAGGAGUCAAAAUGGCAUCCACAGUCGCCGGAAGCUACGCCGCCGCUCUCGCUGACGUCGCCAAAUCCAACAAUACCCUCGAUUCCACCUGCGCCGACAUGGAAAAUAUCGAGAAAAUUUUCGCCGACGAGUCAGUCUACGACUUCUUCGCCAACCCCACCAUCGACCAAGAGAAGAAGCGACAAUUAAUCGACGAAAUCUCCAAGUCGUCCGCACUGCAGCCGCACACGACGAACUUCAUGAACAUCUUGAUCGACGCAAAGAGGCUGGACGCCAUCAAGGAUAUUGUGAAGGAAUUUGAGACUGUGUAUAAUAGCAUAACGAAUACCGAAUUGGCGGUGGUGAGCUCGGUGGUGCAGUUGGAGUCAGAGCACUUGGCGCAGUUAGCAAAGCAGGUGCAGAAGCUGACUGGGGCGAAGAAUGUAAGGAUAAAGACGGUGAUUGAUCCGAGUUUGGUGGCGGGGUUCACGAUAAGGUACGGAAACGCGGGUUCGAAGCUGAUUGAUAUGAGUGUGAAGAAGCAGCUGGAGGAGAUCACGGCGGAAAUGGAUUUGGGGAAUAUUGAACUUGGUUUAUGAGAAAUUUGGUGAAGCAAAAUUUGUAAAACUUUUGUUACAAGAAAUUAAUUGCGAUUGUUGUGAAUUUAAUUUGUAAUGUAAUUAAUAAUAAAUUAUAGGGUUUUUGCUUCUCAAUAAAUAAAAAUUAUCCA